AUGACGAUGUUGAAGCUUUUUGGAAUCGUCUUUUUCUGUGGCCUCCUCUCACCCUCCCAAGAAGUCUUGUCUGGUCUGUCCUGUGCUGUCAGUCCCGCGGCGAUGCAGAAAGUGCUCUCGGAUGCCAUACUUCAAAACGGACUUCUCCAGCAGCACCUGCAGGGCCUCGUGGUCCCAAACAUCAUGGGUGGAGAGGGUCUGCUGAGCUCCCCCACCAGCAUCACCGGCCUACACCUCGCCGAGGUUCGGGUCCCCAGGCUGUCCGUGUCGCUGCUGCCAGGAAUCGGAGUCCAGAUGAUCAUCACCGCCAAGCUGGAGCUCAGGGGCAACUGCUUGGUUGGCCUCCUUUCAGACCUAAUUAGUAUCUUAGUGGACGUGAGAAUCACUGCAAACAUUAAAUGCACAAACUUUGAGUCGGGCACGGUCCAGGUCGUCAUUGAAGACUGCCUCUGCGUUCUUGGUGCCAUCAAGAUCAACCUCCUGGCUGGCUUGCUGUCACUAUCAGUAGAUGACAUAGUGCUUAACCAGCUGACAGCGACUCUGCCCGGCUUGCUGUGUCCAGUAGUUGGUAUCGUCAUCAACCAUGUGAACAUCCAGCUCCUGAGCACGCUCAACGCUGUGAUCCCGGUCGGUGCGGCAGGAACCAUUCACUACCAGCUGGCCAGCCUCCCGUUCACCUCUGGCUCGUUCCUUGGGAUGGAUCUAGACGGUGCGGUGAAGCGGGUGGGAGGCAGCAUCAUCCCCCACGACUCGUCCCCCUCCACUUUGCCUCCGCUGCUGGACAACCUUAUGGUCAUGGGAAUGCGGCCGAGCUUUCUGAACUCGGUCCUGUCCCUGCUGCUCCAGAUGCCGUCGCAGAACUUCACCUGCACGCCAGGAGCUUGCUCCACCUGCCUUGGGACCAGUCCACUGAACAUUAAGCUAACGUUGUCUGGGAACCCGCUCAUCCUCUUGGAAGAAAACAAAGCCACUGUCCAGCUUGCGGUGAUGAUUCAGGUGUUCAUCCAGGGUUCAGAUGGGCUCAUCCUCAACCUCCUGCUGUUGCAGGCCAACCUCAAUCUAGACGUUGGCGUGUCGAUUGCUGGAGGCAGACUGGUGCUGGGCUUGUCCCUGGGCAGCAUUUCCCUCUCCCUGGAGUCUUCCGACGUUGGCAUCAGUGAUAUCUCGACCUUGAAGCCGCACAUCAGCAGUCUGGUGGUGGAGUUGUUGCUGCCCCUUCUCAACGCUGCUCUGGGCAUCGGCAUCCCUCUGCCAAACGUGCUGGGCAUCCCCUUACUGAAGGUGCAUGUCCGGAUACUAGGGCAUCACCGUGAGACGCUGCAGAGGAAUCACCGAGCAGAGCGGAGGAUGCGCUGGACCCACGGGCAGUCCCAGUUCACCCAAACCGCCCGGAGCUCUCCCGUGCUGUGCCAGACGGCAAACCUGGCGUUGGGCACUGUCACCCCGCGGGCUGGCAUGUCUUGUGUCGCGGCAGGAGGGGUCUGGGUGGGUUGA